CUGUUGCUCGCUAGCUUGCUGCUCAUGCUGUGGCUGUGGGUACCACUCAUAUUAGAUUUUGUGAAGGCCAAUCGGGAAAAAUGGCGCAGUCCCUGUCGGACGAUGAGUUCCAACGAAUGCAGAAUCAGUUACUGGAACUCAGAACUGCUAACUAUCAGCUUAAAGAUCAGUCAAGAAAGUUAGAAAAUGAGUUGAGCCAAUUGAAGCAAACUUCUGCUGCAAAUGAGAAAGAGCUUGAAAAGGCAAACAAGGUUAUUUCCAAGAGCAAAAAGGCAAGGGAUGUUGAAGCCUUGUUUGUGGAGAAUGAUGGCCUUCAGCUUAAGCUCCAGAGCCAGGAAGAGGACUUUCGCCUCCAGAACUCCACUCUUAUGGAAGAGCUCUCAAAGCUUUGUACAGCAAAUGAAGAGUUAGAGAAGGAGGUCAGUACAUUAAAGAAGAGUCAAAGUGCCAAUGACGUGGUCGAUGGAAGCCCCUCUGCUUGCUCACAGAAUGAUAUCAGAAGACUUCAAGCUGAAAAUGCAGCUCUACAGAAAAACCUUGCCAGUACUCAACAAAGAUAUAAUGAUGAACUUAAUGGAAUGAGACAAAAUGUAAACAUGUUGACCCAAGCAUGUGCUGAUGCUGAAGAGCGCUAUACCAGGUUAUUAGGGGAGCGUCCCACUCCAACAGGAGCAUCAGGAGACCAGCAGGAAGGAGAACAGAUGGAAGAGAUACCAAUAUCAACACCUGAUGGGACUGUAUCAGAUCAACAGUCUCCUGUUGAAGCAGAGUUAAACCACUUAUUGAAUGAUGAAUUUGAAGCCUUUAUUGAAGACCUGAAGCUUACUGCUGUUACAAGUGACUUUGAUGAUGAUAUAGAACCAAAAGAUCCUAUGACAGUACUACAAGGACAUGCUAAGCAACUGAAAAAGAGAGUUAGUGGUGCACUUGUUAGAAACAUGGAGAGCUUUGUCAAGAUGGUAUCCAAAGAAGAAGGAAGAAUAAGCAGAGGAAGUUCUUUUGCAGAACCAAAUGAACCAUGUGAUCUGAAUAUGUCCAGAAUAGAUGAUCAAACGAAAGAAAUAAAUGACUUACAGUUGAGAGUAGAUACAGAGCAAGAAGAAAACAAAAUAUUGAAACAGCAACUUCAAGACAGUGAGCAAUCUUACAAGGCAGAAAUUUUAACCCUGCAAGAGGAGAUACAAAAAUUGUCAGAAAAGACCAAAAAGAAACAAGAAAGCUUAGUGCAAUUACAGAAUGAAAAAGAAGAACUAUAUGCAAAAAACAGGAAAAAUGUUGAAGAGUUGCAUGGAUCUGUAGACAAGGAACUUGAGUCAUUGAGGAAAGAAAAUAGUGACUUGAAAGCAGCUUUAAACAGGAAUAAGCAGAAUCGAAUGGAGGCUCAAGAAACUUCAAAGCAGCAAAUAAGACAGCUAGAGAAUACCAUAGAAGAAUUAAAACAACAGGCUGCAAACAGUGAGGAGGUUGCCAGAUUAGAAGAAGAUAAAUCAAUAUUAACCAAAGAACUUGCCAAUAUUAGACAGGCUUAUACUUCUACAUCAGAAGAGGCUAAUAGAUUACAGAAUGUGUCAACCAGUGCUAAGAACCAGCUUGAAUCUACCCAGCAUGAGUUGGAAGAGCUUCAGCUAGCACAGAGUAAAUUAAGCAGUGAAAGAGAUGAACUACAGGCUCAGUUCACUGAAUGCCUAGCAGCCAAUGCUACGUUAGGAGACCAACUCAGUACAGCAGGGAAAGAAAGGGAUACUCUUAGUAAAGAAUUACAGGAAACUAAUAAGAUAGCUGAUAAGAGGAAAAACAUGUUAGAUGAGAUGGCAAUUCAAACACAAACCAUCAGAGAGCAACAUAAGGAAGAAGUAUCUAGUAUGACAACUAGUCAUCAGAAAGCUCUUGAUGAUCUCAAACAUGAACUUCAAGAUGAAAAGCAAAAGAGAAAAGAACUAGAGCCUUUGAAAGAGCAGAUCACGCAGCGAGAUGUACAAAUUGAAUCACUAGAAAAUGCAAAGGGAUGGUUUGAAAGGAGAAUGAAAGAAUUAGAGGAGGAACUAGAAGGAACAAAAGAAAAGCAUAUAGAAGACAUCAAAGAUUUAGAAGCCAAGCAUCAAGAAGAAAUAUCAAAUCUGCAAGGGGAGCUAUCUGAGAAGGAUAAAGCUAUAGAGAGUGCCAAAAUUGAGAUAGAGGGACAUCAAGCCACCAUAGGGAAAUUGGAACAGGAUGCCAGGGACUCUGUAGUAGAUCAUAAACUUGGUGAGAAGAAGAGAUCUGGCAUGCUGAAGGAUCUUCAAAGGCAACUGAGACAGGAGAAGAAGAGAUCAGUUAAAUUACAGGAGAGAUUACAAGAAGUCUUAACACAGAACAGUCAAGCACCACAAGGUUUAGAUGCACUCUUCUCACAUCAUACCUAUGAUGAUAGGUCUUCUAGACACGACACCAGUAGCAUCUCAUCUUUAAGCAAUAGUGGGACUGGCAGAGACUACAGUGACUUUGCUCCUUCUCCCAAUGAUUCCAUGUCUGCUGCCCUCAGUGAAGAGACAACAGAACUCAUCUCCAAAUUAACACAAAUCCAACAAGAAAACUGGCAGCUAGAAGAAAAGGUGCGUCACCUUGAAGAAAGCAAUGCAUGCAUGGCAGAAGAUCUCCUGAGAAAAAGUGCAAUCAUUGAAGCUCACGUCAUGGAACGGAAAAUAAUUGACCCAGCUAAGGUCAAUUCAUCCCCAGCUGAUGUGAAACCAGAGACUAAGGGACCAUCAUUACGUAAGAUGAGAGAAUUAAUGAGGUCAUCAAGGGAUGUGGAGGAGGAGAGCCAGAGGGAAAUGAAUCAAAAAUUACAAGUCAUGCUUGAGGAGACCAUCACUAAAAACAUGCAUUUACAACAGGAUAUUGAGAUGCUAUCAAGUGAGGUUGUACGACUGAGUAAGUUGGUAGGAUCAUCUCAAUCAGGUACACCAUCUCCAGUAGAUGAUCAUCAGGGUAAACUUCCUGGAGGUGCAUCCUCCAUGGCAACUACAUCAUCAUCUCAUCCAGUAUCAUCCUCAUAGCAGAUACCCUGUUCUACAUAUACACUAUUGUCAAUAUAUCGUUUCUAUUUAAAAAUUGCAUAGUCCUGUUGGGCUAUUGCACAAACUCCUUAGCUGGGAUAAAGAUUGCAGGUGCAAGGCAAGAUUUAUUUUCAAAGUGGUCUCUGGAAGUUAUUUCAUCUGUGAUGAAAUUUGAUGAAUCAAGAAAGUUACUAAGGUGUGAGAAUUCGUAAUGCUGGAAGGAAGAGAGUUGGAGUGUCCUAGGGUAUGUAGAGUAUGUGAAGCAGUCCUUUACUGUCAAUGAAUUUGUGGAGGAAAUUAGUUGCACCAUCUUGGAAGAGGAUCAUUAGGGAAGUAGCAUUUAUUCACAAUGUUUGGGAAAUAUUUCUAAAAAUCAAUUUGUAUAUUACAAUCAAAACAGUCACAGACAAAUUUUAUUUCUUGAACACUUCUCCAUUAUUUUUUGAUAGGAAGUGUGAGGAUAAACUGAUUCCCAAUAUCUUGACAUACAGGUAAUGGGCUGUUUCUUCCAUUCCAGACUUUGCACAUAUAUUACUGAAAACUUAUCAAUAGUAAGUGUUAAUCCAAUCAUAGCUUCAUUAGAAUCCUGAAUUUUGAUUGGCUGUUGAGCAUUGUUGCCAUGGUACUUGCUGUUGAUGACAAAGGUUCCAUGAUAAAUAAGUUUUAUGCAACAUGGUAGCACCCAUUUCGUGCCACACAUGAUGUGUAUGCCAUGAAAGAAAAUUAUAUUUCAGUCAACUAUUUUAUUAAGUGAAACCCAUCAAUGACAAUUGUGUUAUUCCCUUAGCUAUUUGACUUGCUGUAUGUUUUAGUCAGUUAAGAAGCAGGUAUCAAGGCAUAUAAAAUGUCAAGUUUUCUUUUUCUGAAAACAUGCAAAAGUUUAUCCUUUGUAUUACAAGCAAAUGUGUCAUUCUUGACAAUUUUGUGAUGAAAAGACCAUUUUUAAUUAUAUCAUAAACUCAGUAUGGUUAUAAUUAUGUUAAAGGAAAAAUAAUAACUUAAUAAAAGAGCUACUGUAUUUU